AUGCGGCAGCCGCUCCCUUCAAGUUGGGUCGGUCGGGCCUUUUUGGCGACUUUGAUUUGCGCGCUGCUGACAUCCGCGGUGGGAUCGUCGCUCCCCGAGGCCAGUGCGGUCUCGACAGAUCUCGACCAGCAUGAGCUUCAGCCACGCGACGAUGAGAGGUUCCUGCUUCGGAUCAUGCCUCUAGGUGCUUCGAUCACUUGGGGCUACCUGUCUACAGACGGCAAUGGCUACCGCAAUUGGAUUCGGCAGAAGCUGCGCAGUGAAAACUGGCAGGUGGAGAUGGUCGGAAGCUUGCGGCAUGGAACUAUGCUGGAUAAAUCAAAUCAGCAGAGCCACAUGGAAUGCACGAUCGAUCCUAAUCUUCCACUCAGUCUGGGCACGGACGAUGCGAUCCAAAAUCAUGACCUCAGCAGCAUUGGCGAGCGUAUGGACUACCUGCUCACCCUGCUGUACGACUCGGUCCCCGAGACGACCAUUAUCCUCUCGACCCUGCUCCCGCAAAAGAAGGUGCAGAGUCGAGUAGACAAAGUGAACCGGCAGUACCGAGAACUGGUUGCAAGGCGCCGCGCGCAGAAGAGCCGCAUCGUGCUGGCCGAUAUGAGCUUCCUCACCACCGCCGACCUGAACGACACCACUCACCCGACCGAUGAGGGCUACAAGAAGAUGGCCUCAGUCUGGUGGGCCGCGUUUGAAGAGGCGCGAUCCGAGAAUCUCAUCCAGAAAUUCAACUACACGGUCUCCGAGAAAGUCGAGUCUACCCUGGACAACAGCACCGACGACCCCCAUCUGCCUGACUACAAAGCCCCGGGCCAACCUACCAAUGGCGCCAUUGCCCAGCUGGGGCCUCAGCUGCUCUGGAUAGCAGCCUUCUCCUUGGUGCGUCGAAUCCGUUGCCCCAUCGCACCUUAUCUUGGCUAA